AUGCUCUUAGACAAUGUUAUUGAUUUAACUGAUAAAGUUAUUUCACUAAUGAAAUAUUUUGCUGAUGAUUCCAGAUUGGAUAUAAAUCUUAUAAUAGGAAUUAUUUGUAGAUUUAUCAUUUAAACUUGUUUGAUAUUGUUUUGGGAUUUAUUCUAAUUUACUACAGGGUAGAUUGUUAUUUGGAUUUUUGUAUGGCUAAUUUAACAUAUCCAUAUAUGGUGUUUUGAGAGAUGUUAUUUUAGAGAAGGAGGAUGUAAUUUUUUUAGUAGAGAUAUAUUAUAUAAAAUUAUGGAUUCUCUACAACUUUUAUUAGGAAUAAUAUUUUUUGCAAUAAAUUUAAAUUAUGAUAAAGACAUAAUAUUAUUGACUUUAUUUUCAAUCAUAUUUCUAUGGGAUUUGUAUUUAAUCAUUUAAAAAUUCAAAACAAAGGAAGUCUGUAUAAAAGACUAUAAAAAGGAAGGUGGUAUAUAUUAAUGUUAUAUUGGAUUUUUAUUAGGGGCUGUUGGCAUUAUUAUUUUCUUUGUGUAUCUUAAUAUGAAAUUAUAAGACAUAAUUAUUGAUGGUGUUACUAUUAUCAAUUAUUCAAUUAUAUUUAUUGUUGGUUAAAUAAUAUUAGUGGUAGAAUCAAUCAUAUUAGUUUAUCAAAAUAGAUAUGUUUUGAGCUGGAGUAAAGAUUGGGCUAAAGGAAUUUUAGGAUUUCUUUAUGGAGUUCAUGUAGGAAUUUUCAGUAUCUUUUAUGGGUUUCUUAUUGGAUUAUAUUUAUUCAUACGUUUUUUUUGGAAGCAUUGUCUAAAUCAACCUUGUGAUGAUAAAGAAGAUUUGAAUACCUUUAAAUAAAGUUGUGUAAAUGGCUUAAAAAAAAAAAAUUAGAGAGAUGAAAUAGCGCAAAUUGAAAAUAAAAUACCGGAAAUAGAAGAAAAUGCCUAAAUAGUUUAGUAAAAAUAGGAAAGUGAAGGAAAUGAUUAAUUAUGA